ACCUGAGGAUAUCAUCAUAACUGUCCUUGUGAUGGCGGGCUUGCACACGUACAGGGGCCGCUGGUGGUUAUUGUGAUUACCUUACCUAGCCUCCCACGAUUCAGGACUUGAGACAGUUCCCAAGUAAGGGAAAUAUCCGGGCACCUUCUCGUGAUAUUCUGAAGGUGCUUCAAGCAAGUGUUACUCGGGUUCUCCUACGUCCUCGCUGUUACCUGCAGGCAAUGUCGACGAGAAUCUUGGAAGCAUAAUUGCGCCUGGAUGCGAAUUAUCUCAUUUGAAAGUCAAAACUGCAGAGCACGAAAUAGGAUUCAUUGAUAUGUAAAUGUGUAAACGUGUAUCGCAGUUUGCACUACUUACUGUUGAGGACAUACAUGUAGCAGAUUGCCCACGAGGUUGCAAGUCCGGGGCAGUUGGUGGUGCAUUUUCUCUGGCUUUACAUACCCACCAAGAAUAGACAUGUUCUGAGAAGCUUCCACGUUUUGUACAGCGGAGAACUUAUCUUAGGACCAAGAUGCGCCUGGGGAAAGGCAACCAGAAGUUGUCUCAGGAUGAGCUGAGGAAGUUAUUCAUUAGGGAUUAUGUCAAGAGUGGCAGGAUGAAAUGGGCUCGCCACAGAGAGAAGCUUUUCGCUGGUCCAGUCCGGGGCUUAUCGGCGUGGGAGUCAUGGAAGUACCAGGUGUCCAGGUCAUGGAAGAAAUUCAGGAUACAUUCAAGAGAAGUGAUGUAUUCCAUCGAGUUAUGGGGCAGCUCAUUCCGUGGUAUAGAAGGUCACCAAGGUACGGGUGUGUUGUCCUACUUCGUGUUCUUGAGGUGGAUGUUUGGCCUCAAUUUGCUGCUGUUUCUUCUCCUGUUCGGAUUCAUCACUGUGCCGACGAUCCUCCAGCCUAGCAUCGACUACAGCACCACCAGCACCGACACCGCUGUCAACCUCUCCUACUACUGCACACAGCAGUACAGUCUCAACAUAUCCACGUAUGCAACAGAACUCAUCCUCGACUUCAUCCAGGGGACGGGUUAUAUGGAGAAGACGUACCUGUUCUAUGGCUACUACUCCGGCACCCAGUUCCUGGCAGGGUCAGGAGUAACAAGCAGCUACGACUACAACGUUCCCCUCGCCUACUUCCUCGUCUCCGUCGUGUGUCUACUUGUCAGUUUGUUCCUCAUGGCUAAAUACACAGCCAGGGGAUUUCGGGACGCCAUCAUGGAUGAACAUGACAACGGGAACAGCUACAGCAACAAGGUGUUCGCCAGCUGGGACUACUCCCUCAGUGACGCUAAGACGGCCAAGAUCAAACACAGCAGCAUAUUCUAUGAUAUAUCCAGUGACCUCGCCGAGGAGCGGUUUGAGAAGGAACGGGCGGAGAAACUGAAGGAUGGUUGCAAGCGCUUCAGACUGUACACCGUCAGGUUCCUGGUCAACAUCUUCGUCCUCGCCUGCCUCGCCACGGGAGGCUACCUUAUCUUCUAUGUGACCACGUGGUCUUCCAGCUAUGCCGCCUCCAACACCUCUGCCACCGGAACUGCUGCCUACAUCCUCUUGUUUGUACAAUACCUGCCCUCCAUCACCAUAACCGCCCUGAACGCCGCUAUCCCCAUCAUCUUCAACAUCGUCGUCAAAGCUGAACAGUACACCCAGGACUUCGUUGUCAAGAUCACCCUUAUCAGGACGGUAUUUCUCCGCUUGGCCUCCCUGGCGGUGCUGGUCGUGUCGUUGUAUACAGACAUCAGAUGUGGCCCCAAGGACUCGUGUCUCACAAACCAGGCUCCAUGCACCGUCUUCAGGUGCUGGGAGACGUACGUUGGGCAGCAGAUGUACAAGUUGGUUAUCAUGAACUUCCUGGUAACUGUCGUCAAGGUGUUCCUGGUCGAGCUCCCGAGAAAGUUCAUCGUCAGCAAGUUUGGGGAGAAGUUGAAGCUGCUUCAGAUGAUCGGCCCCCCGGUGUUCCACAUUCCCCAAAACGUCCUGGACCUAGUGUACACGCAGGCCAUCUGCUGGAUCGGCUUCUUCUUCGCCCCUCUGAUACCGGCUCUCAUAAUGGUCCACUUGUUCGUGGUGUUCUAUGUAAAGCGGCUGUCUGCCUUGAAGGCGUGUGAGCCGUCCGAGCGGCCGUACCGAGCGUCUCGCUCCAACUCCUUCUUCAUGGUCGUGCUCUUCAUCGCCUUCUUCUUCUGCUGCAUCCCCGUCAUCUAUACCAUGGCCGCGUUAAGUCCGUCAAAGGGGUGUGGCCCGUUUAGGAUCUACAACUCGAUGUUCACCGUACUCGACGAAACAGUGAGAGGCUUCCCCAGUGUUGUGGCGUCUAUCUACAACGUCCUCACGUCAGCUGCCAUCACGACGUCAGCCUUAGUGCUACUGGGGUUGUCGUUGUAUUACUGCUCGGUGAUGAAGAGGGCACACGUCAAGAUGAAGAAAAUGUUGCAGCACCAGCUUACACACAAUGGAAAGGACAAAGAGGUUCAACGUGCUAGAUCACGCUGGGGUCCGCGUGCAGACAAGGUCGGAAUGUCGGCUGAACCCGUCCGGGGAAGGCGCCUCCAGACACCAUAAGGGACAUCAACGACACACGUUUCUUGCAGCAAUGACAACCCCCUCCACACGUAUACGUUGUUUUACAUGUGUGUAGUAUACAUAAAGAUAGCAUUUAGGGUGAAGAGUGCGAUAGGUGUUGGGGUGAGGUUGGGUGGUGGAAUGAGGAGGUGAGGCGUGGUUGGAAGAAAAAGCAAAUUAAAUGAGCAUGAGUCGGGAAAUGAUUAGGAAGAUCUUCUGUCUCUGUGAACAUA